GAACGUCCUGCCUUUUUCUAUGAAAAUAAAUGAAAUCUGCAGUAGACGAUGACCCAGAUGUCCAGUCCUCCGACAGAAGAGCUGGUCAAACAGUGGGAAAGUGAGCAGGAGUGUCUCAGGCAGCAGGUGGUGGAGGACGACACCGAGGACUGGCAGAGGAGCCCAAGCUUCUCUGGCCUGGAGCGGGUUGGUGGCGUAGACCUCUCCUUCAUCAAAGGGGAUGAAGUCAAUGCCUGCGCCCAGCUCGUGGUGCUCAGCUACCCCGAUUUGAAGGUUCUGUACGAAGACAGUCAAAUGGUGACCCUGACGGCCCCCUAUGUUUCCGGCUUCCUGGCCUUCAGGGAAACCCCUUUCCUUCUGGAGGCGCUGCAGCGACUGAAGACCAGCCAGCCUACACUCAUGCCCCAGGUGGUGUUUGUGGAUGGGAAUGGUCUCUUCCACUACAGAGAGUUCGGUCUGGCGUGUCAUCUUGGGGUGCUGUCGGGUCUUCCCUGUGUGGGCGUGGCUAAGAACCUGCUGCAGGUGCAGGGGGUGUUUAAAGACGAGGAGCACCAAUCACAAAUUGCUGCUCUGCAAAAAGGAGGAGACAGCUUCCCACUCACCGUCGCCUCGGGCAAAGUGCUCGGAAAGGCACUGCGAAGCUGCGAUAAGAGCUCCAAGCCGGUAUAUGUCUCCGUGGGUCACAAGAUCAGCUUGGAUAAAGCUGUCCGUCUUACACACUCGUGCUGCCGCUACCGGGUACCUGAGCCCAUCAGACAGGCUGACGUUCGCUCCAGAGAAUACCUACGCAUACACUUCCCAGCUGCCAAUACAUGAAUUUAGACACUGAGGUUGCAGAUGCUGCGGUGAAGAAUCUGAAGAUAAAGAGAAGACUCUGAAGACCCCUUAAAGGUCCAUCUGUGUGUGUUUGUGUGAACGAUAACUUUGAAAAGCACAGCUGUUUAAGUCUGGGCCAAGAAGAAACUGAGAUUAACUGUAUCUUUUUUAUGCACUCACCCCAUAUUUAAGCUGGAUAUGGGUCAGACGGGUUCUUUUUAUAUUCUGUUCUCAUUAUAAUUUUGGGUCGCUCAGCUUUUUUGCACUGAGAACUCCUGAAAAAAAUCAGAAAAGUCCCUGAUCUGUCACAGAGAGUUGGUCAUUUGUUAAUAUUUAUAAGGGAGGAGGACUGUGUUUUAUGUGGAAUACUACAGAAAAGUAUAACAGCUGCACAUGGGACCACUCUGCUACAAAAACAUUAAAGGUUGCACUGUGUAUGUGCUGCACCUCUCUUUAAAUGCGUCAGACUUGGCCGUGCACGCUGCUGUGCCAGGCUGGUCCCAGAGAGGGAAGCGGAAAAGAGAGGCAGGGGGGUAGGGGUCAGAAACUGCAGGGUCGGUGUCCAGGAAUAGAAGCGGUCAGAUGGGGCAGCAUUGAUCAGCAGGAGAGGUCAUCGGAUCAGCUGAUGGAGACCGCAGGUGGCUCUGAGCCAUGCACACAUCUUAAAACACUGUGCUGUUGGUACAAAGUGAGAAGAUUGUGUUACACCUGAUGGACAUAUGCGGCUUUGUGGUUCACUCAACAAAACAGUGCUGGUGAAAUUUCACAGUUUGGUCAACUGAUCAUGAAAUUGAAGCUUAAAUUAUGCAAAGUGCAUAUAAAAUGUCAAUGUACAGUGUAGAUGCAUACAUUUUAACAAAAACAAUGUAUAUAGUCUGAGCAAAGCACAGAAAACCUGGACAGUAGUAUCUGAUUAGUUAAAAACUUUGAAAUUGAUUUUAACUACAUUAUUUCUUUUUUCUUUUAUCAUUUUAAUAACAGCUUUAAAUCUUAACACACACACACCUUUAAAUUCAUAAAACAACUAGAACAAGAUGUUCAACAACAAAUUGCAGCAUUAUCUGUAAUAAAGAUUAAAAGAAGGUAACAAAAGGGAAAUGAAAGAAUAAUCCCUCUCCAGAACGGAACCAGAUUCACCUCGUUGCUGACCCUAUCUAAAUUUCUUAAACCUAGCUUCAGAUUGGCUUUACGGUGCCUUGCAAAUGUAUUCUUCACCGUUAAACUUUUCACAUUGUCAUGAUAAUAACAUAUUUCACUCAGAUUGUGUUUGAUUGAGAAACACUGCGUAAUGCAUAAUUGUAAAGCGGAAGAAAAUGGUACAUGAUUUUAAUUUGUUUUUUACUGAGAAAAAUAUGAAAAGCCUUGCAUGCAUUGGUAUUUAGCCCCAUUUAUUCUGUUACUUUUAAUUAAAUCCAAUGCCGAAUUGCCACCAAAAGGCAGCUAAGAAGUAAAUAGAGUGGACCAUAACUAAUAAUUAAAUAAAUAUCACUCUCACUGCAAAAGAGGAAAAUCUUACCAAGUAUAUUUUUUUAACUUUUAGUCAAAACCUCUCAUCACACUUAAUAUAAGUCAAAACCAUCUACAGAGAUAAAUUUAAGUGAGAUAUAACAACUUGUUUUGAGACAAUGCAUCUUGAAAAUCUUGAUAAAUGAAAUUGUCAUGAAAACCUCUUGUUUUGAGUAAUUUCUUAAAUGAAACAAGUUUUUGUUUUGACAUUUCAGCUGAGAAGUUCCUGUGAGGUUUGUAAAACAUAAAGUCUUGUUUCAAGAAAACAAAUGAACUUGAAUUAAGACAAAUCUGCUUUAUUGAUAGUCAACAACGAUAUUAACAACAUGCCCAAAUCAGUGCAUUACAAAACAUUCUAUAAGUGUAGCUAUUUUUGAUACAUUUCUGUCAAAACAAACUCUCAAAUUCUCUGUUCUGUUGCACUCUGGACCGAUUCCACAUACUAUUCCAAAGGUAAUGAGCACAAAUACUGUUCUAUACUACAGUAAUUGGCAAUGCUCUAAAACAUUGUUUGGUCCAAAUACCCAGACUUACCACUGAGUCAAGACUGACAUUUGAUGAUAUCUGUCAGGUCCUAUUUCACUUCAAUGUACAUGCUAUUAUUAAAAUUCACAUAAGAGUAUGGUGUAUAAUCAAUACGCUUGUCUGCAUCCAUGAAAAUAUUGGCUUGAGCUAGGGAGGGAAAAAUACUAAGAUGAAAACAGGUUGGAGAAGGGUUAUAAUGCUGCGAAUGCAUUUCUUAAUGCUAGUCAGGAAUGCAUACUUAAAGGUAAUUUGUCUUAAAAUGCAAUGUUCAAACCUUAAUUUAAGUUGGUUUUGGACCUGGAUCCAGAGCAUUGCCACACUUGUGAAACUAAGAAUGAGUUAAAUAAAUUUUAAAACAAGAGGAUGACAUUCAAGCUGAAAAAUAAAGAUGCUACCUUUGAGGGGAAGGACACUACUUUUGGGCAUCAGAAGCUUAUUAUGAGACACAAAAGCUCAUAAUUGUAGUAAAAUACUGCUCAGAAUGAGUUUUCAUGGAUAGUUUCAAGAUUCUCUAUGUAUUGUGAGGCUUUAAUGCAAUGUCUUAUUUCUAGAAAUCUUGUCAAGUUAAUUUUCACUUGUUCCAUUGGCAUAUUUUGUGGCUUAUUUCAAGCCAGAAAAUCUCAUUUUAAUUUUUUUUAACUUAUUUUUGAAGUGGCAUUUUUUCCAAUGCUCCGGUGAGAUCUUCAUUGGAUCUGCAGCAGUUUGUCGAGAUACAUGCUAUUCACAUUUACCUCCUGCCCUGCUCCAGGCUCUGACCCACCCGGAAGUCCGGAAGCUUGAUGAAGAUCCUGUUCUUUGAUUUCUCUAGUACUUUUAACACUGUCCAGCCUGGACUUCUAACGGUCAAGUUGGAGUUGUCAAGAGUGGACCACCAUCUGUCAGAGUGGCUGCAGGACUACCUCACUAGCUGCCCGCAGUAUGUGAGGACACAUGGCUGUGUGUCUGACAGGUUGGUCUGCAGUAUGGGGGCUCCACAGAGAACUGUGCUGGCACCGGUCCUCUUUACCCUCCACACUCCAAACUUCUCCAUCAAUGCUUCAGGCCGCAAUCUACAAACGUUCUCAGAUGACUCUACUAUAAUUGACCUCAUCGCAGAGGAGGACUACUCAGAGUGUGAUCAGUGGACACAGGACUUUGUGGAAAUGUACCAGCAGAACCAUCUUUUAAAUUCCAAGGAGCUGGUGGUGGAUUUCUGCUGGCGCAGACCCACCACUCUGAUGUCCCACAAGGCUUUGAGAAACUGUGACCAGACCUAGAUGGUUCUUUUGGAAGAAAUAACUUUAACAGAGGGAUAUUUGCAAAACCAGUCACCAUAAGGACAGUUUCUUCCUACCAAGUAACGAACACAGUCCCCAGAUCGAUAAUAUGCAUAUUUUCAAUAAUUUAACCUUGCCUUUUUCUUUUGUAAAAACACUAUAUUUAAACAUAUUUACAAUAAAAAAACAUAACUUUUAUUUCCAAUCAAAUUUCAUAUAUUUAUAUUUAAAACGACUGUACAUUGAGAGCAAGGUGGAACCAAAGUCAAAUUCCUAGUUUGUGUGCACAAACAAGGCCAAUAAAGCUGAUUGUGAUUCUGA